CGCGGAUGCGCCCGGCGCGCCCGGAGCAGCCCCCGCGCCCGCCGCGCCGCCGCCGGGUGGUCGCCGGCCGUCGGGCCUCCCCGGGGCCCCCGCGGGCGCCCGCCCCAGGCUGCCCAGAUGCGGGCGCCACUCUGCCUGUUGCUGCUCGUCGCCCACGCCGUGGACAUGCUCCCCUUGAACCGAAGGAAGAAGCAAGUGGGCACUGGUCCGGGGGGCAACUGCACAGGCUGUGUCAUCUGCUCAGAGGAGAAUGGCUGCUCCACCUGCCAGCAGAGGCUCUUCCUGUUCAUCCGCCGGGAAGGUAUCCGUCAGUACGGCAAGUGUGUGCACGACUGUCCCCCCGGCUACUACGGCAUCCGCGGCCAGGAGGUCAACAGGUGCAAAAAAUGUGGGGCCACCUGUGAGAGCUGCUUCAGCCAGGACUUCUGCAUCCAGUGCAAGAGGCGGUUCUACCUGUACAAGGGGAAGUGUCUGCCCACCUGCCCACCAGGCACCACAGCCCAGCAGAGCACACGGGAGUGCCAGGAGGAGUGUGAGCUGGGCCCCUGGGGCCACUGGAGCCCCUGCACCCACAACGGGAAGACCUGCGGUUCGGCCUGGGGCCUGGAGACCCGGGUGCGAGAGGCAGGCCGGGCCGGGCAGGAAGAGGCAGCCACCUGCCAGGUGCUGUCCGAGUCGCGGAAAUGUUCCAUCCAGAGGCCCUGCCCGGGAGAGAAGAGCCCCGGGGAGAAGAAGGGCCGGAGGGAGCAGCGCCCGCGCAAGGACAGGAAGCCAGACCGCAAGCUGCCCGCCAGGCCCCGCCGGCCGCAGGCCUGAGCAGCCGGGCGCCUCCAGCCGCUCUUUCCCGCCCGCCCCUCCCCCUCCGCUGUCUGCCGCGGCUGCCUGCGUCCUUCAGCCGCCUCUCUCCCCUUUCUCCUGUCAGCCUACCUUUCCUUUCUCUUCCCCCUUCAUUUCCUGAGUUGCUUCCAUCUCCACUCCCCCCGUUCCAUGUUCUCUUGUCUCUCUCCUGUGUCUGUGUGUUCCUUCUCUCCUGUCUUUCUUCCUGUUCUUUGUAUGUCCUCUGUCUCUCUCUCUCUCACACACACUUCAGGAGAGAGAUCAUCUGCUGCCACCCCCCCCCCACCGCCACUCUCUCCAUCCGCUCCUCAAAGACAGCAAACAUCUCUUUCUAGGCCCUUCCCUGUCGCUGUCCUGACCCCACCUUUGCAGAGCAGGGGUUCCGCAGGGCGGGGCCCAGGCCACAGCACAGGCGGCUCCUGAGUCCUGAGAGCCCGGCUCCUGCUCCAGAGCAGACCCCCGAACCCCGGGCUCUGAGCGCCGCCUGCUCUGGCCAGUCCCCGGAGGCCGUUUCCACAGCCCUCGGACACCAGCUCCUCCAGAAACGCCCUGGAGAAGGCUCUGGGCCUCCCGAUGCCCGGACACUUCCCCCAGCUGGCAGGAGAGGAGCCACCAUGGGGCCUCCGGCUGGACGGCCAGCCCUGUGCCCGCCUGUGGCAGCAGAGUCCGCCCUCCUGGAAGCUGCCUGCUGCCCCAUCAGUGCUCCCGCGGCACCCUCCCUCUGGUAGUUCCCUGCCCUGUUUCCAGAGCCUAUGGGACUCCCAUAUCCUUCGGGGACCCAAGCGCUGCCCCAGCUAGGCUGUCAUCCCUGGGGAACCCACCGGCUCAUCCUGGAAGAGGCCAGGGGAGCUGACAGGAGCUUUGAGAUUAUCCAGGCCACUCCAUUCCCCACCCUGGCGCCUCCUGCCCAUGGUACCCAAGGGGAGACUGAGGCCUGAGAAGGGACUCGCCCAAGGCCACACAGGGAAGCCAGUGCUGAGCCUUCCGCCUGUUGGUUGCUCCACUCAGCACAUCCACAGCUGAGAGGGAACUUUGGGGCCUCCGGGGGGGGCGAUGAAGGGAGCUAUUGGGUCAGGAGCAAGGGAAGAUCCCCCCUCACCCGCACCACCACUGGCACCUGGGCAUCUGCAUUUCACUGUGACACACACACGCCAGCCAGAAGAGCAGUGGGAGGGGUCUCAGGUUAGACCCAGCACGGAAGUCAGUCUGUCCUCACUGCCCGUCAUCCACCAUCAUAGCCCCCCUGCUCCUUUGUUCCCCCGAAUCCCCAGGAAGGGGCGCUCCUGACUUGCGCUGGCAUUGCUGGCUGGCCUGAAUCAGAGGGCUCAGCGUUGAGGAGCAGGAAGAGUCUGAGACCUGAGCCCGGGGUGGCCUGGGGAAGGGGGUGUCGGCAGGCUGGAGGAGUGGCUACAGUGAUGAAAUGGCCCCCCCCACCCCAGGAGAAUGCCACGCUCAGGCUCCCCUCUGCCUGGCGCCUGGAGAUCCCCUAGCACUGCUUCCCGACAGGCCCUGGGGGGGCCUGACCCCCACGGCUCCCCUCACUCUCACAUCCCCCCUCGCCUCCCUGAGGACAGCGAGAGCCCCUCCUCGCCUCGCCAGGCCACAGCUUCUUUUCUGCAAAAGUUUGUGCCUCUGAAAUGCUCUGUUGUUGU